AAGUGGAAUUGCAUUUGCUUAUUUCUUAUGGUAUAAUGGUGUUGGUUUGAGACUUCGAAAUUCGUUGGGGGUUUAAUCUCGAGAGUUACCAGACUUGCAUGGGCAAACAAGGACCUUGUUGUCACUGUGGUAUUACAAGCACUCCACUUUGGAGGAAUGGACCACCAGGAAAGCCAGUGUUGUGCAAUGCCUGUGGUUCGAGAUGGAGGACAAAAGGCACACUUGAAAACUAUACUCCACUACAUGCCCGUACUUUCCAACCUUUUGAUACCGAGGAGUCCGAUUACACUCAGGAGUGUAAAGUAAGGUUAAAGACAAAGACGAAAAAUUUAUAUAUGAAAGCCAAUAAUGUAGGUCACAUUGAAAGGCCAGAGAAUUUUGCAGGAUAUGAUCUGUGUUCAACAGGUUUUGAAGAUGAUACAAGCAACAGAUCUAGUUCAGAGUCUGCAAUAUCAUUCUCUGAGAGCUGUGUUCAGUUAGGUAGCAUAGAGGGGAAUGACAUCUUAGUCCAGUUUAAUAUUUGGGAUUCCUAUAUUCCUUCAAAAAAGAGAUCAAGGACUAGAUAUCACAGUCCGUCACCUGUUGAGAAGCUCAGACGGAACCUUGUUGAUAUUCUACAGGAGCAAGAGCCAUCCUCCCUUACUGCAUUUUCGGAAGAGGUGCUCAUUUUUGAGAAGGAAGAUCCAAGGUUUUCUACUGAGAUAGGUCUGGGGGGUGUUCUACUUAAGCCCUCAAUAUCUUUCACCAGGGAGGAAUCUGAAGCAAGCUCACUUGUUAUAGAAAACGAUGCUUCUUGCUUGAAUAACGGAUGUGUUGAAUCAUUGUCUCUACAGUCCCAAAGUAGUGAAUUUAGUAAGAGUCAAGAAAGUAACAGAUUAAUUCAGGAGACUGGGGAUGCAGAAGAGCUGAAAGUAAAUGUUGCGAAGCAAAGUACUCUCAGAAACAAAUAUUCGGGGAACACUCUUCUCAGAAAUCCUGAUAUCCUACAAAAAACACAUUCUCCUCAUAUGCAAAUAAGUUGGAAGUCUCAAAAUGUUGAAAGCUUUAUGCCUAAGAACGAAAUGCCUGAAAUCACUUCUUGCUCAUCUUGUCUCAUUGGAGGUGGAAUCUCACUACCUGCUAAGAGAAAUGCAGAUUUUCCGUAUCUCCCAAUAUCUGGAGAUCCAAGUUUUGACUCCUUUGAAGGUUUUGAAAAACCAAAAGAACAGAUAGUAGUACAGAAUCCUCCUUCAAGCACAAGCAUGUCUGCUUUCUCCAUUGGAAGAAUUUGCAGUAUACCUCCCUUGACUGAAUUUCAAGUUAAAACUUCUGAUAAGGACAUACAGAUGAGAGCACAUCCUGGAAACAACUUCCCUGUUGUUAGACUUCCUAUCCCUUCAGCCCUUCAAAAAGAAGCCAAUGUCAGAGAACAAAAUCAGUUGCUGAGACAAACCAGUACCCAAACAACAGAAACAUAAACUGAAAGCAUUUAUACUUCUCUUGUAGUGGCAUUUGAAUUUCUCUAAGCAGGAACUUCUGGAGCAUAUUGAGUAAGUGGAUCAUGGCACUCAUUUUCUUGUAGUUUGGAUGUCUAACUGGAUUUAUGUGAUCCAAUUUGUACUAUUCUGAUCCUUUUCUUUUGUUUGCAUGAUGAAGGUUCCAUCAAUUAGAUUGUUGCCCUAUGUUGGCACUGCUGUAAUAAAAGCCAUGAAGAUGGAGCUAGUGUUUUGGAAAUGGGCGCCAUACGCAAGCAGGUUAAUUAUUUUUUUUAUGCCUGCAUUUUUGGAAGUUUUCUUUUCAAGAUUAUGAGUUAGUUUAUAAACCUGAAGUGAAUGAAAGUU